CAGUAGGCUCAUUUUCCCGGGCCAUCCCGGGAACUUGCAUGCCAUUCAUUCUGUCAUGGCGGACACAAAAGUGAAAGAAAAGGCUCUUGAAUAUGAUGCAUACUACAGUCAGAGCAGUGAGGGAGAGGAGGAGGAAGAAGAGGAUGAUAUUGGGUGGCAUUUUGAAGAGGAAACUGCUGAUUUCACAAAGAAAUACAAUGCAAUGAAGAAAGGAGAGACUCAGUCUAAUCCAAACGCUGCAAGGGGCACCUCACAUUGCUCCAACAAUCCUCUCAGGAAGUACGAGAACCUCAUCAACCUCGGCUCCUAUGCCCCGGCCCUUUCAUCCUCCAGUCUCAAUGCACUGGAAGGUCUUUGUCGUAAAACCGAGUCCUUGAGGGUCCGAUCUAAAGAUAAAUCCGACCGAGCGACCACAGAGCAGGUCCUAGACCCUCGGACUAGGAUGAUACUAUUCAAGUUACUGAGCCGCGGAUUGCUAAGCAACAUAAGUGGGUGUGUCAGUACUGGUAAAGAGGCCAAUGUUUAUUAUGCUGACAGUGCAACUGGCCCGUGUGCUGUUAAAGUAUACAAGACCUCCAUAUUGAUAUUCAAGGAUAGGGAUAGGUAUGUUAACGGGGAGUAUCGGUUUCGUCAUGGUUAUUCCAGGCACAACCCACGGAAGAUGGUCAGACUGUGGGCAGAGAAGGAAAUGCGUAAUUUGUCUCGUCUUCAUCAAAACGGAAUCGCUUGUCCUCGUCCGAUAAUCCUUCGUGGUCACGUUCUAGUGAUGAGCUUCCUUGGGUCUGGUGGUUGGCCACACCCUAAACUAAAAGACGCUAAUAUAACUGAUAAAGAAGCAAGGGAGCUAUACCUGGAGUGUGUCCUGAUAAUUCGUAAAUUAUUCUGGUCCUGUAAGCUGGUUCAUGCUGAUCUCAGUGAAUAUAACAUGUUGUAUGAUACAGCUAAUGGCUGUCUCUAUAUCAUUGAUGUGUCUCAAUCCGUUGAACAUGAUCACCCUCAUGCUCUAGAAUUUUUAAGGAAGGACUGUACCAACGUCACUGAGUUCUUUCGUAAAAAAGGUAUAGCAGUAAUGAAUGUUAAAUCUCUAUUUGAUUUUGUCACUGACGGUACAGUAACAGUUGAUAAUAUUGACCAGUAUAUUGAAGAGGCACAGAAAAGAGCAAUAGAAGAGAAAGGUACCAAUGAAGAUCAGGUUGAUGAUGCUGUUUUUAAGAAUAUAUACAUACCACAAUCAUUGCAUGAAGUAUCUCGUUAUGAGAGUGAUGUAUCUGAAGCUCAAACUGGUAGUAAGACUGACAUUGCUUAUCAGACCAUAACUGGUUUGAAACCUGAUCUCUCUGGCACACUACUAGUACCACAACUGCUUCAAAACGGCGAAGAGAAUAAGAGUGAUUUUAACAAUGUUCGUGAUCAAGAAAUCAAUGAUUUAUAUCAGGAAAGUGCUAAUGUUGAUCAAGAGAGUGGAGAUGAUUCAUCACAGAUCAGCAAUACUGAUGACAGUUCUAAUGAUGAGGAGAGUGUCUCUGGUGAUUGCUGGGAGGAGAGAGAGAAGCCAAGUAAAGAGGAAAUAUCAAGACAGCGUAAGGAGCACAAGGAGACGGUGAAGAAAGAAAAGAGAGAAAAGAGGAAGAACAAAAUACCAAAACACAUUAAGAAGAGAAAGGAGAAGGUUGCCAGACAAAAACAGUCAAAGAAAUAGCUUGUUAAAAUGUUAUUAAUAAUUGAAAAAAUGAUAAUAAUAAAUAUUAUUACUGAUAUUAAUUGUAUUUAUUUUGUGAUGCAUGAGUUUUUCCUAAGUGCAGCGAUUACAGUAUCCAUA